AUGUGUGUCUACGGUGACUUCUAUCAUGAAACUUGUCCUAAAGGAUGGCAUUACAAUGAGACUAUUGAACGUUGCCUUGCCUCUGAAGAACCUGGUUGCCUUACCCCUUCAACUACGACAACUACAACUACAGUAGUCCCACCUAUUACUUCGACUACUGGGUGUUCUGCCGAUGACUCAUGGUCGAAACCAGAUACUACCAGUUGUGAACAUUUUGAGCUUUGUAUUCAUGGAAGAAUGAUACAUAAGAAAUGCCCAGAUGGACUUGAGUUUAGUGCUACGGAGUCUAAAUGCCUACCAAAAUCGGAGGCUGGUUGCACCAUAAAGUCCAAAACCACUCAAGCUCUGCCCAUGAUCCUCUCUCGCUUCAAAGAGGACCCUGAGGUCAACUGCACAGGUUCUGCCGAAACGCCUGUGUAUUUCAUAGAAGACCCGAACGAUUGUAGACGAUAUUACAUCUGUUCUUCGGGAAAUGCGGUCUUGCAGACUUGUCCUGAUGGAUUCUUCUUCAGUGAUAGAAGACAGAUAUGUCUACCCUCCCACCAAGUACAGUGCAAGAAUUUGUGUCCAAACGACGUCUCACAAUUCGUGUCAGACCCCUACGACAAGACACGGUACUACAUAUGUUUCAAUGGCAUACCCUUACCUCAAAUAUGCCCAGCUGACUACAAGUUCGAUCCCGAUGUAUUAAUAUGUGUUAAAGAAAAGAAGAAAAUUAAAUAAGCAUUAGAUCAUUGAUAUACAAAAACCCAAGAUGCACAGUUUCGAAUAAAAGUAUCGCUCGAAAGUGUCCCCGAACACUAAUUCUGUCUCUUUCUAUAAGGUACAAGCAUACGUUCAAGUUCAACUUGCUUAAAGUCGUUAUUACAACGCACUGUAGUUAAAGCAAUAAAAUUUUACGACCCAAGUGGUCGGCUAGGACAAAGAAAAUGAGCGCACAAUUUUGAAUGUUGCGCUCAUUUGGUGAGGACGUUUUUGAGACGUUGAGUGUGCAUCUUGGGUUUUUUGUAUA